CGGAAGCGGCGCACGUGGGGCGGUGGCGGCGGCCAUGGGCUCCCGGGCGGCGGGCGCAGCUCACGCAGGGGCCGCCGAGCCGGUAGCUGAGGAGGAAAUGCCGGAGCUGUCCGAUGACGAGGAGGCCUGGGAAGAGGCGGAGGAGGAGGAAGGCGCCUCUGAGGGCCCGCAGACUCGCUGCCUCUUCUGCGACAGAUUGUUUAAUUCUGCUGAAGAUGUGUUCUCCCACUGCAAAACAGAGCAUCAGUUUAGUCUUUGGGAUGUGAUCAAGAAACAUGGACUUGAUUUUUAUGGAUACAUUAAACUAAUAAACUUUGUUAGAUUAAAGAAACCAGCAGCAGCAUAUUUGAGUUCUAUCAACAGCCCACUGCCUUGGGAGGAAGAGGAAUAUUUGAAACCACAGCUAGAAGAUGACCUCCUACUUCAGUUUGAUAUAGAAGAUCUUUGUGAACCUGCAAAUGUUUUGCCUUCCAAUGGUUUAACUGAUAUCAUGGUGCUCCGUGAGCAAUUGAAACACGCAGAACACAGAGCAAGACUUGCAGAAGCAGCCUUGGCUACAGCACAAGAUGAUCUUCAGAAAAUGAAACAGAUUGCACAGGAUUUUGUGAUGAACGUAGAUGUCAGGAGCAACUCGUCAUCCAGCGCCAUUGCAGACCUUCAUGAGGAUGAGGAUGAUGUUUACUUCAGCUCCUAUGGGCAUUAUGGGAUACACGAAAAGAUGCUAAAGGAUGAAGUGCGUACAGGAAGCUAUCGUGACUUCAUCUAUCAAAACUCGCAUAUCUUCAAGGACAAAGUGGUUUUGGAUGUUGGCUGUGGAACUGGAAUACUCUCUAUGUUUGCUGCCAAAGCAGGUGCAAAGAAAGUGAUUGGAGUUGACCAGUCUGAAAUCAUCUAUCAGGCCAUGGACAUCAUCAGAUUAAAUAAACUUGAAAAUAUCAUUACAUUAAUCAAAGGAAGAAUUGAAGAAGUAAAUCUACCUUUGGAAAAAGUGGAUGUAAUUAUAUCUGAAUGGAUGGGUUAUUUCCUUCUUUUUGAGUCAAUGCUGGACUCUGUCAUCUAUGCAAAGGACAAGUACCUGGCAGAGGGAGGCUCAGUUUAUCCUGACAUGUGCACCAUUAGUCUAGUAGCUGUUGGGGAUAUGAAAAACCAUGAGAACAAGGUACUUUUCUGGGAAGAUGUGUAUGGCUUUGACAUGUCUUGCAUGAAGAAGGCUGUAAUUCCAGAAGCUGUGGUGGAGGUGCUGGAUCCAAACACACUGAUAUCUACAGCCAGUGUCAUUAAGUGUAUUGACUGUAACACUGCAUCCAUCCCAGACUUGGAAUUCUCAUCAGAUUUCACCCUGAGCAUUACAAGGAGCACAAAGUGUACGGCAAUUGCUGGUUAUUUUGAUGUAUUUUUUGAGAAAAACUGUCACAGCAAGGUCUUGUUUUCAUCUGGUCCCCAGUGUACCAAAACACACUGGAAACAGACAGUUUUUCUCCUGGAUAAACCAAUUCCUGUAGAAGCAGGAGAGACCCUGAGUGGAAAGGUAACAGUCCGCAAAAACAGGAAGGAUCCACGAGCCCUCUUGAUAACGUUUUCAAUGAAGGAACUGCAGCAGACCUACAGCCUUCAGUGAAAAUUCUCUGUGUAGAACUUUGGGAAAUGUUCCAUUUCAAUGUUAGAUUUAUCUGUUGAUAACUGUUAUAAAUACCCAACAUCUUGGAUUUGUAUACACACACGGGAAUGUGAGAAGUUUACCUAGAAUUGAGAGAGUGCUGUUUGGACGCUGUUGCACUGAGAUAUGGAAACUGACAAGAACAUCAGACUGUGCUGUGUUUAACGUGGUGUGAGGAAGGCCAGAAAGAAGGAUUUGUAUUGUAUGAGUCUGCUAGGUAAGAAAAAUCAAAUGAAACUGUUGCUGAGUGGAACAAUAAGCAUAAUCUGUCAAGACUGGCAAAAUAUCCUUGGGCAGUUAGUUGGUUUUAGGAAAAACGUAGCUAAAUUAUGUGCCAGUGCACCUCUGCAGCACUUGGAAAAUCCCAAUGGGAAUAAGUGUGAUAUCCCAACUGCAGGAUUGCAGCAACAAAAACUUUAUUUUUAUUACAUUUCUAUGAAUAAAAGGUUGUGUCUCAUUUAAUUACAUUUAUCUAAAUAAAUGAAUCAAGUAUGUUAUGUAA